GCCUUUUCCUUCGCUUUCGGGAUUGGAUCGAGAUUUCCGCUCGUUUGAUUGGCGGAGCGAGAGGCUGGUCUCCGCCGAUUGGUGCCCGGGAAAUCCGCCCCGGAGACGUCCUCGGGGCGCACUGUUUCAGUUGUCAGCUUGUUUCCCGCCGGCUGCCGGCCUAGCGUCGCGAACAUGGCGGACGUGAUGGAGUUGCCCAAGUCGCGCAUCAACGCCAGCAUGCUAGCUCAGUUCAUCGACAAGCCCGUCUGCUUCGUGGGGAGGCUGGAAAAGAUUCAUCCCACUGGAAAAAUGUUUAUUCUUUCAGAUGGAGAAGGAAAAAAUGGAACCAUUGAGUUGAUGGAGCCUCUUGACGAAGAAAUCUCUGGAAUCGUGGAAGUGGUUGGAAAAGUAACACCCAGGGCAACCAUUAUGUGUGCAUCUUAUGUCCAGUUUAAAGAAGAUAACCAUCCUUUUGAUCUUGGACUUUACAAUGAAGCUGUGAAAAUUACUCAUGAGUUCCCACAAUUCUUUCCUUUGGGGGUUGUGCAGUAUGAUUGAAUUUGAUGAAAUUUUUGGAAUUGGCAAAUGAGCUGCACUGAAGACUAUUUGAAGAGGCCCCUGGUAUUUGAGGGAGAGAUUCCUGUGGUUUUUUAAUACUUAAUUUGUUUUCUUGGUAAUUUCAUUUACCUAGCACUUUUAGAUAUUCCAGUAUGCCAUUUUUUUUUUCCAGUAUGCCAUUUUUGAUGGAACUGGUUUAUUGACAGUUCCUGGCAUAUGGUCGGAUUAGAUACAAGAACAAAGCAGUUGGCUGAGUUUAGUUUUCUGUUUUAUUAAUAAAGUUUAAAUGGUACAUAC